AUGCUGUCCUCAGAGAAAAAGCCAGCCACCAUCAUAUGCAUUGGGAUGGCAGGGUCUGGAAAAACCACCUUUAUGCAAAGGUUGAAUGCUCAUCUCCAUCAAAAGAAAAACCCUCCAUAUAUCCUCAAUCUAGAUCCGGCCGUUCUUAGAGUUCCUUAUCAUCCCAAUAUCGAUAUUCGAGACUCGGUCAACUAUAAGAAAGUUCAACAGGAAUAUGGGUUAGGUCCAAAUGGUGCAAUCGUCACUUCCCUCAACUUAUUCUCCACCAAAGUGGAUCAGGUCAUAAAGCUCAUCGAUAGCAAGGGGGACAAGUACAAGAACGUCAUAGUCGACACUCCAGGUCAGAUCGAGUGUUUUGUUUGGUCAGCAUCUGGUGCCAUCAUUACAGAGGCAUUUGCAUCCACUUUUCCAACCGUCAUUGCAUACAUUGUAGAUACUCCAAGAAAUUCAUCUCCAACCACCUUCAUGUCGAAUAUGUUGUACGCGUGUUCCAUUCUUUACAAGACAAAAUUGCCAAUGAUUGUGGUAUUCAACAAGACUGACGUCAAAAAAGCCGACUUCGCCAUCGAAUGGAUGCAAGAUUUCGAGGCUUUCCAAAUGGCUAUGAUGAAGGAUAAAGAGUUAAAUGGGGAUGAUGGCUCAAGCUCAGGGUAUAUGAGUAGCUUGGUGAACUCUAUGUCUCUUAUGUUAGAGGAGUUUUAUUCUCAAUUGGACGUCCUGGCCUGCAGUGCAUACACUGGUCAAGGAUUCGACGACUUCAUGGAUGCUGUUGACAGAAAGAUUGAGGAAUAUCACGAAUUCUACGAGGCGGAAAGAGAUCGAAUCUUGAAGGAAAAAGCGGAGAGGGAGGAAAAGAGAAAGACAGACUCGUUGAGUAAGCUUAUGAAGGAUAUGGACCUAAAAAAGGGCGAUGAGAAGGACUCUCAUGUUCUUUCAGACUACGAGGAUGAAGAUGAUAAUAACGGAGAAGUCGACAGAGAUUCAGAGGAAGAAACAGAAAGGCAGUAUACCUUUCCAGAGGACAGAAAUGCUGAGGUAAGUGAGAAGACAGAUGCUGACUUACAGGCUCGGUAUCAGGCAGCUUUCGAAGACACAGCGAAAGAUGCUUCGUCCAAAACCGCAGAAUCCAUUGCGAAUUACAUAAGGCAGUAG